AUGUUGUCAAAAGAAAUUUUAAAUGAAGUUCGACAUUACUACUGGGAAAGGCCGUACACGCAGUGGACGAUAAACACAUGGGACAAUUUUUAUUUCAUAAAUUAUUCCGAUAAGCCAAAAGUGUCGUCAUAUCGUGAUUUAGGUAAAGAAUUGAAAGUGUUGGUAGAGCUAUUAGGGCCUGAGACGAAAGAAGGGAAGAAAGCGUUAGCACUAAAGCGUCAACUGAAGAUUUUUAUUUUUACAUGUUCUUUAGAAUGUGAAAAUAUUAACGCGAAUAGGGCUUCUGUGACGUGCACAUCUUACUAUUAG